AUGAACACAACCUUGACGUCAGUCGAAUUGCCCGACCUCCCUCCCCAAAUUACGUCUCGGUACAUCACUUUAAGUGACCGCGAUGAUUUGAACGUCCAUAUCCUAGAAGCGCUUCCAGACACAAACAACGAUCCGAGCACUUCCUACCCUCUGAUCCUUCUUCUUCACGGUUUUCCAGAACUCGCUUACUCAUGGCGCAAAGUCUUGGUGCCUAUCGCCAACGCCCAUCAAGGUUAUCAUGUCGUUGCCCCUGACUUGCGUGGUUACGGGCACACAACAACGCUGAUGGGAUCCAGCCACCAAAUCCAAUACGAAGAUCCGCUUUCCUCGUUUCAUAUGCUCAACAUCGUAGAGGACGUGUGUUCCCUUGUACGAGCGCUCGGAUAUUCAUCCGUCGCGAUGCUCGUGGGGCAUGACUUUGGGUCUCCUCUUGCAGGACACUGCGUCGUCGCGCAUCCGGAACUAUUUACGUCGGUCGUGUUCAUGAGCGCACCCUUUGUUGGCGUUGCUAGCCCAUCCUCGCCUCAAGCGAGUACCGAGGGUGCAAGUGAUAAAGCGAAGGAACGACCCAUCGUGUCUUUGGGUCCUGACCUUGCAACUGCGCUUGCUACGCUCCAACCUCCACGCAAGCACUACAUGGCAUACUUUUCUACUCCCUCCGCCAACGCGGACAUGCUUGGCCAAGGGGGCAAGGCUCUGCACGACUUUCUCGGCGGCUAUUUUUCCAUGAAAAGUGGCGCUUGGGUUGGAAACGAUACACAUCCUCUUCCUUCUGCAUCUUCACCUUCGCCCAGCAUCAGUGAGCUAGCUAUGGAUCUUGCUACUCUCCCAGAAUACUACAUCAUGCCGCUGCAUGAAAGCAUGCCAGAGGUCAUUGCUCGUCAUGUUGCCCAAGUUACAUGGCCCAAAGCCGAAGCAGGUGUAUACGCUGCUGAAUUCGGUCGCACGGGCUUUCAGGGCGGGCUUAAUUAUUAUCGAAGCGCACUCUCACCUCCACCCCCUGAGCGUAUAGCACAACUACGUGUUCUAGCUGGGCGACGAGUGGAGGUGCCUGCAGCGUUUAUAUCAGGGGCUAGGGAUUGGGGAGUGUAUCAAACUCCAGGGGCUGAGAGGAAGAUGCGAGAGGUGGUGUGUAGCAGCAUGCAGAACGAGGAUUUCGUUUUGAUCGAAGGGGCGGGCCAUUGGGUGCAACAAGAAGCACCAGAGAUGGUGGUGCGAGAGCUUGUGAGGUUUUUAGGAAAGGUAAAAGCUUUGUAG